AUGAAUCAGUUGUAUACAUUGAUUUAUAUGCUUAUUAUUUAUUCGUCGAUUCUAUCAAAUUGUUUUUUGAAAAAACCACCGAAAAAAAUACGAAGAAUUGACGCACCGACCAAUCAUCGUGUUUUGAAACAAAAUCGGGAGGAGCAGAAAACGAGACCUGAAGUGCAGAAAUCGAAAUCGAAGUCGAGAUCGAAAUCCAAGUCCAAAUCAAAAUCCAGUGAAAAUACACCAAAAGAGAUCACGGCGAAUGGAAAACCGAUUACCAGUGUGGAAGUGAAACGGAAGAGUCAAGAAAAGACAAAAUCGCUGGAAAAAAAUCGGAAGACGGUUGGAAAAACCAUCAGCGAAGGGAAGAAACAACAUCCGAAUCGACGAGGUUAUGAUCGAAGUUUGAUUGCGAUUCAAGAAGUUGCACUGGAUAAUAUAUUCAAUGGUGAUGAUGAGGAAGUGAAGAAGGUCAAUGAAAAACCGGUGAAAAUGGAGAAGACAUCGGCGGAAGUUGUGAGAACUCAAACACAGACUAGAGAUGAACCGGGAGAGUAA